AUGCAGUAUAAUUCAAAUGAAGUCACUUAUCAUAACCAAUCUAACUCUGCUGACAAUCAAUAUCCACCGACAAAUCCACCAUCAUAUGGAACAGAUGUUUAUCAACCAUAUCCAGGACCACCACCAUACGCAUCAUAUUCUCAACAAUCAAUCAAUAAUACUGAUCAUACGGUAUCUAGUGAACAAUACAAUGGUCAAGUUCUAUUGAAUUCACAAAAAAAUGUUCUCAUUAUACCUGCUCAUCAUUUAUUAACGAGAACUCGAAUUUUAACAACAAUCACUUUAAAACUUCAAAUAUUUUUUAUUCUUUCUGGUAUUACUUAUUUACUAUGGAGUGCAUUAGCAAUUGGUCUAGAAAUUUCUAUUCUUCUUUAUUCUUAUUCAAUAUAUUAUCGAGGUAUAUUUUCAGGUUUUAUUAUGUUAGGUACAUCAAUUAGUAUGUUAAUUAUUGCAUGUCGAGUAUCUUAUUCAAUGGCUUAUGUGGUACGAUUAUUAUUUUUUGUUGUAAUCUUUUGUAUAGUUGGAGUUAUUUUAUCUAUUGUUGAUGUCACCGUAUCACAAAAAUGUGCCAAUCGUAUGAGCAGCAAUUUAUGUGAUACACAAAUUGGACAUAGAUUAAAGGUAAUUAUUCUAAUCGAACUUUGUAUUGCCACAAUUCACACUGGAAUCAAUCUAGCAAUCGUUCGACAUAUACAAAAGAAAUCGAUAUCAAUACCACCUGUUGCAAACACUUCUGAAUAUCAAUAUUGA